CCAGGCAUGCUUUUGCUCUGUAGGCAUGCUAUAGUAGUUAACGGGUUAUAGGACAUGCCUAAACGAUUAUUUAAAAAAAAGUGUCCUUUAUUAAUUCAUUAUGUAACUUUAUGAGCUUGUCAGUAAUUUUCCAGGAAAAUAAAGACUUUAGCUCGCUGUCAGUGAUGUGUACAGAGGGAAACGGUCGGGGUGACAUUGCGAAACCGUCGUUAGCUACUUUACAAUAAUAACAACUUCGCGAUGUUGGCGACGUUGUCGAGAGUUAAAAGCCCUCGGUGGCUUUCUCCGGACAUACUUUUAGGAUACAUGUUGGCACGGGAGGUUAAAAGGUACGACAUGAGCUUGUUUACUCACAGCGGUUCUUCAGUGUCAGCAGCGUGGAGACGGAGAGUCACCGGCGGCCUCAGAGCCGGCAGAGCCGUCAGCACCUCCGGCUCUCUGUGCGCCAAAGUCCGGGGAGGAAACCUGAAGAAGAGAGAGCUGUCUGAGAAGAAACUAACCCGUCACUUUGUAGACCAUCGCCGUGUGAAGCUGUCGGCCGGAUCAGGUGGCAAAGGGGCCUGCAGCUUUCACAGCGAGCCGCGAAAAGAGUGGGGUGGACCAGAUGGAGGGAACGGAGGUGAUGGAGGAAGCAUCGUUAUUAAGGCUGACAAGUUUGUCAAAUCGUUAGCACAAGUACUUCCGGUUUACAAGGGAGAAGACGGGCAAUCAGGGAGCAGCAAGAACUGUUACGGCAGGAAUGGCAUCACAACCUAUAUCACUGUACCCUUAGGCACUGUGGUGAAGGAGCAAGGGGAGACAGUAGUGGACCUUUCUGAGCAUGGCCAGGAAUAUCUAGCUGUAUUUGGAGGGGCCGGUGGGAAGGGAAAUCGAUUUUUUCUGUCCAAUGAGAACCGUGCCCCGAUGACAACAACCCCUGGGAUUAUGGGUCAGGAGAGGGUCCUUCAGCUAGAGCUCCGCACUAUGGCCCAUGCUGGACUGGUGGGGUUUCCUAAUGCCGGGAAAUCAUCAUUGUUGAGAGCCAUCUCCAAUGCGAAGCCUGCUGUGGCUGCUUACCCUUUUACAACACUCAACCCACAUGUAGGAAUUGUAAAUUACAGGGAUCAUGAGCAAGUUGCAGUUGCUGACAUCCCAGGCAUCAUUCGAGGAGCUCAUCUCAACCGAGGCCUCGGCAUCUCUUUUCUGCGUCACAUAGAGCGUUGUCGUUUCCUCCUCUAUGUUCUGGACCUGUCUGCUCCGGAGCCCUGGACGCAGCUCCAGCACCUGCGUUAUGAACUGGACCAGUAUGAACCUGGUCUGUCCCAGCGACCUCAGGCCAUCAUAGCCAAUAAAAUGGACCUACCUGAGGCCCGGGAGAAGCUAGGGACGCUAAAGAGCCACGUCACCCAGCGGGUCAUUCCCGUGUCAGCUCUCACAGGACAGAACACAGAGGAGCUCAUCCUCCACCUCCGAGAGCUGUAUGACGGCUACCUCCAAGGAGAAGCUGGUGGGGAACAUAAACACGUUAGGUGGUAGUAAAAAUCAUUUCUUCUUGCUCUACUGACAUUUUAUAUAUUUAUACUGGAAGAUUAUUAAUGUAUUUAGAUUGCUUCAUGAAUAAAACAAAACAAAAUUCAAUAUCUGUGUUUUUCUUGCAGCAUAUUGG